AUGUUAGGGAAAAAGUGGAAGGAAGCUGGGAGAAGUAAAAUUUACUAUGCAGGGGAAGAUACAAGGAAAAAAGGGGUAGGGAUUAUUCUUCAUCCAGAUUUCCAGGAAAAUGUCACAGAAGUCCAGCGUAUCAGCGACAGUCUCGUGGGCUUAAAGUUUGUGAAAGAUAAGAGAGUAUGGCAUAUCAUCUUUGCAUUCACCCCUCAGCAAGGAUGUUGUGAAGAGGAGAAGGAGGAAUUCAGAAGGAAAUUAGAAGAAUAUAUCAAAAGCAUUCCAAGAAGUGAACUACUAUUGUUAUUUGGGGAUAGGAAUGCCCAUGUAGGUGAGAGUUCUGAUGGUUUUGAUGGAAUACAUGGAGGAAGAAGAAACCAGGAAGGUGGAAGAUUAUUGGAAUUAGCAAAAGCUAUGAAUCUGGUAGUCUUGAAUACAGAGUUUGAGAAAAGAAGUCAUUUGGUAACAUACAAUUCUGGACAAAAUGAGACAAUUGUUUUGGUUUGGAAGGAAGACAAAAGAGGUAGGAAUUACUAUUAA